GCGUCGUGGAGUGCGCAUGUCCGCCUUCCUGUCGCACACGUGAAGACAGACCAGAUCCAACCUGGAGACAUGUCCAAAGCCAAACAGAAACGGGCCAAACGUCUCGGCUUCGCUGGGAAGUUUAAGACUCAAGACGGACGGAAGGGCGAUGCUUCAGGGCGGACAAAGACCACAGAACAGUCAGGCGCAAAGCAUGACCACAGAAAACCGGAGGAAGUUCGGAGGCAAAGGCUUCAGGACCUCCAGGAAAAGCAGAAGUUGUCGAGAGAGCGAGAGCUGAUGAAGAGGAGGAAUUUGCAAAGCUUCCAGAAUGACAUCCUACAGCGGCAAAGAGAGUUUGAGCAGAAGGAGGCAGAGAUGCAGGGUUUGGAGAAGCAUGUUAACUUUGAAAACGAAAAUUCAAGAAAGGCAUAUUACAGAGAAUUUAAAAAGGUUGUGGAGGCUUCAGAUGUGAUUUUGGAGGUUUUGGAUGCACGUGACCCUCUCGGCUGCAGAUGUCCUCAGGUGGAGCAGGCAGUGAUUCAGAGUGGAACGAACAAGAAGAUAGUGUUAGUCCUGAAUAAAAUAGAUUUGGUGUCAAAGGAAAUUGUUGAAAAGUGGAUAAAAUAUCUUCGUAAUGAGUUUCCCACGGUGGCUUUCAAAGCAUCUACUCAGCAACAAGCUAAGAACUUGAAACGCAGUAAUGUACCAGUGACACAAGCCACCACAGAGCUUCUCAGCAGCAGCGCUUGCAUUGGAGCAGACUGCUUGAUGAAGCUGCUUGGCAACUACUGCCGCAACCUAGAUAUAAAGACAGCCAUCACUGUAGGUGUUGUAGGUUUUCCUAAUGUGGGGAAGAGUAGUUUGAUCAACAGUCUGAAACGGGCACGAGCGUGUAGUGUUGGAGCCACUCCUGGCGUCACCAAGUGUCUUCAAGAGGUGCAUUUGGAUAAACACAUUAAACUCCUGGAUUGUCCCGGUAUUGUCAUGGCAACAUCAACGACAGAUGCAGCAAUGAUUCUUCGUAACUGUGUGAAAAUUGAACAGCUUGUCGAUCCCAUGCCCCCUGUUGAAGCCAUCCUUCGACGAUGCAACAGGGCACAGAUCAUGGAGCACUAUGGCGUUGCAGACUUUCAGACAGCUCAGGAGUUCUUGGCUUUGCUCGCUCGGCGUCAAGGCAAACUGAGGAAGGGAGGACUGCCCGACACAGAUAAAGCAGCCAAGAGUGUAUUAAUGGACUGGACAGGGGGAAGGAUCAGCUACUUCACACACCCUCCAGAGACACACACUCUGCCCACUCACGUCAGCGCUGAGAUCGUUACAGAGAUGGGUAAAGCCUUUGACUGGGAUGAGCUGGAAAAAGGAAAUCAGGAGGUUCUUGCAGAGUCAUCUUGUCCUGACAUCCAAAUGGGAUUCUGCAUGGAAACCGCAGGAAUGACACAAGGUGACCAGACUGAGUCAAACUGCGACCUGGAAAUUGAAGGGGAGUCAGUGCAAGAGUUGACAUUUAAAGAUGCAACUGAAUCUAUGGAGGAUGAUCAGGAUCCAGAGUUUGGACCAAUGACAGUGGAGAUAAAAUCACAGAAGAAGAACGACUUGCCUGCGAAUGAAGCUGCAUCCAGGGCUCCAGAUUUGAAGGAUAUCUUGAAUGUAGAUCCUCUACAGCAGGGCCAGGCACUACUGGCUGCCAGGAAGAAGAGGAAGAAGCAACAGAAAAGAGCUGACAAAAUUGCCACCAAGCUCUCUGACACACUGACAUCUGCAAUGGAUUUCUUUUGACAGCUGAUUAAAAUAAAAGUUUGAAGGGGUUCAAAGGAAAA